AUGAUAGGCGGACGCGCUGCUGCACCUCCAUCAAAGCUCGCUAAGGCGGACCUUGCAGCCCCCAUCCCUAAAGCACAGAAAGGUACCAUUAGGGACCUUUUCUCUCAGGUGCCUGAGGAUUCGACCAUCGAGCAAUCCAAAUGGGAAACCUACUAUCAGCAAUCCACUAGCACUAACCCCCUCACCAUUAUGGUGUCGCGCACGCGCGAGUGGGUGGACAUGAGAAAAACCAUUUUGGAAUUCGAUGUGCAAUUCAAGAAGAACGAUGGUACCCUGUUGGACAAUAACAGUAGAGCCUUCCCCAUUAACAACAUUGGGCACUCACUCAUCAAACAAAUCAAAGUCAGUAUUGACAAAGGCAGCAUUCAACCCAAUGACGACAAGUACCACUACCAAGCCUACCUGGACCGUUUGCUUAACUUUUCCAAAGCAGAUAAAGAAGGAUGGAUGUCCAUGGAAGGAUGGUCCACCGAUACCCCUGGAAAAUUCGACGACACCAACCCCCGCCCAAGAGCCUAUACAAAUGCUGUCAAUUCUGGUACAGCUAAUACAUACACUCAAGACGCUUUAAACACCUGGCUUAACACCGCCCUAACGCGGGAAACCCCCAACGAAGGAGCCGCGUUUCGUCACAAGUUGUGUGCCGAUGGUAAAACCGUCAAGUUUUUCAUUUCCCCCUGCAUCCCCAUGUUUCGCAGUUAUCGUUACCUUCCCCCUGGUUGUGAAAUAACAUUUGAAACCAUGUGGAACCCUAGCAACUUGGUCAUGAUGGCUGCAGCUGCAAACAACGUUGGAUCCACGGCCCCCACCUUUACCAUAGUUCCCAAUUCCCCCAGACUAUGGAUUCGUCACGUGGUGGCCAACUCUGAGCUACACAUUCAAAUGGAAGGGGAAUUGUUAACCAAACAAAACGUGGCCAUUUACCUUCACAUGUCCUGGCGAGUCGUGACUGAGACCAUCCCUGAUGGACGUCAUUACCAUCGCAUGAGCAAUCCAUUUAAUGGUUAUCGACCUAGCUACAUGGCUCUAGGCUUUCUUCGUGGUGACGCUUACAAUGGCAGUUACACACGCAACCCCUUCAACUUCCGAGACAUGCACCAAUCUUUUGUCAAAGUAACCGUGGAUGGACAAGAAACCCCCUACCAAAGAAUUGAUCUUCGCUCUGAUCUAAAGGAUGAAGGUUACAAUACCUGGAUGCAGUUUUCAGGACAAGGCGUAGAAUCAGCCGACAUUGGUCUUAACCGACAAGAUUAUAAAGAUGGCAAUUAUUUGCUGCUGUUUAAUCUCAACCCUGAUGGCGAACAAAAUUUUGGCUAUAACUACUCCAGAGUAACAGGCAACAUUAACAUUGACGUGGACUUCACCCAGGCUACAGCGGACAAUACUACUAUGCUCUUGGCUGGAUACUUUGAACAAGAAGCUUGGAUCGAUGGUAAUAAAAACGUUGCUCUCAAAAACAAUUACUAA